CGAGCACUUCCGGUGGUUUUUAAAGGCAAUUGACCAUAUUAUGUUUAUGAUGGUUUGACACGAACGAACGGAAAUGCCUUGAUGACAAGUUUCAGAAUGGACUAAAUUAAGACAGGAGCUGAUUAAGAGACAACACAGUAUGGAACGGGGAAGUCACUUCGGUACCAAUCUGUCUCACAGCUUCAGCAUGCCCAGCCUGGCUGAGGGCAGCGAGCCAAUCAGUGAAGCAGAGGAACUCCUCGAGGUGAAAACACUGAAGGAGAGAGGGGAUGAAGCCAUGCAUAUCCACGACUAUGGGGAAGCUAUAAAACUUUACAAUGAAGCUCUGGAAAUAGAUGACAAAAAUGUAGAGGUAUUGAUGGCUCGGACAGCUGCCUAUCUUGAGGAAGGAGACUUCAUCAGGGCACUCAGGGAUACAGAACAGAUGAUCCUGAUUGAGGCUGACAACCCAGAGAUAUACAAGCUACAAGGAAUUACUCUUUUCCACAUGCAACAAAAUCGUGAGUCCAUCAAUGCCUUGCUAACUGCCCUAGACCUUGACCCUGAUAACGCUGAGGACAUCACUGAUCACAUUGCUGCUGUGGUUGGCAACAUUUGUAAUCUGUCCAUAGACCUGGCAGAAACAUUACUGGAUAUGGAUGCCUACAAAAAGCUGAGUGAAGUUGGUGUGUGUCUGUUCCAGGCAAAGAAGUUUGAUAUUUGUGUUAAAGUACUAGAGUCUGCCCAGAAGUUCCAAACAAAUCAGAAGGGCAUCACCAUGCGUGUGUUACUGACCAUGGCAAACGCUCACUCUGCUAUGAAGCAUAGUGAGCAGGCCAUCAGUCUGUACCAGGAGUGUUUGUCCACGGCCAUUGCUACCCACGAACAGAUCUAUCAGACCAAAGCACUGGUGAACAUCGCCACAUUAUACCUGGAGAGUGGUGACCUUCACCAGGCUAUAGUUUACUAUGAAAAGUUAUUACACCUUGAAUCAGAACUUAUAGAGGAGUUUGGAACCGAGGAUCACAUUCCAGACUUCUGGACGCGUGAACUUCAGUGUGGACUCCAUCUGAAUCUUAGCAUAGCCUACAAGUCUAUUGGUAACAUGCAUAGUGCUGUGGUACAUGCUCGACAGUACACAAAUCUACUUGACAAGUAUAAUCUAACUGGAAAAAUAAUUGGUGAAUCAUUUCACAAUGCAGGGAUGCUCAAUGAAAUUCUUGGAAAUUAUAAGGAAGCUUUGAAAAAUUAUGAAAUGUAUCUUAAAAACUCUAAAGAAGCAGGGGAUAAGAAAGGUGUGGCCCAGGCCUAUGGCUGCCUGGGUAGUGUGUAUGCAGCUCUGCGCAACUGGAAGCUGUCUGUUACAUAUCAUGAUCAAUAUAUCGCAAUCGCUGACAAAUCUAAAGACACCAGAAUGAUGACUAUUUCCAGGGAAAUGUUGGCAGACACAUACAUGUUGAAGGGGGACUAUGAGGCAGCAGUUCAGCAAUAUGAAGCCAUGUAUAAUGCCUGUAUACGAACUGACUAUCGCGGUAAGGCUACUGCUUUGUGUAAAAUGGGUAAUGCCUUCCGUGAUUUAAAGAGAAACCAGUACAGCAUACAUUACUAUGAGCAGGCCUAUGACUUGGCUCAGGACUACUUCUUCUCUGACAUUCAGACAUUAUGUGAAUUCAGCAUUGCCUGUAUCAAACAACAUUCCACACAAAUGAUGGACAUUGAGCUAGCUAGGAAGUAUUUUUCAAAAUUAAUUCCUUUUCUAGAAAUGAAAAUUCGUGAGCAUCAAGAUGAAGACACCCAUUGCCCCAUAGAGUAUCACCAGCAAUUAGUCCAGUGUUAUGAUGGUAUGCAGUGUGUUCUGGCCAAGCUGGGCAACAAGGAUGAAUGUCUACAGUUUGCGGAGAUGUACCGGCGGCGUCACCUGACGCAGCAGCCAGGCUAUCUGGCCUCAUUGUCCUUAGGGCUGACCGGUUACAGCCAUGGGUCAGUGCUUGAGGUGUGGGGGACUGACCGUAUAAAUCGUGUGGUGAGCCAACAGAGUGCUCAUGUCCUCUUCUACUCCCUGAUCAACAGUCACUUGUUACUGUGGGUGCUGGCGCCAGGUCAGGGUAUUGUCAGGUUCUACUCUCGCAAGGCAGAGGAUGACAAGGACAUGAUACAACAGGUAAAAGAUACCCUAAAUGAGAUGAGGACAUAUAUGGAUCGUAAGUCUUUACAAAACUCAUGUGAGAACAGGUGUUUACCUCCAAAAGAUCUUGAAUUGGAACUAGUACGGAAAAAGAACUUGAUGUUAGGGAAGUCUGACAGUGACUUGAAAAAGACGAAGUCAGAGGAGGAUGCAUCCAUGGAUAAACCUCUGAAAUCACCAGCACGCAGACUGUUUGAUAUUUUACUGGCUCCUGUAGAGGAUAUUCUAAUAAAGCUGGACAUGAAAAGUCCACUUAUCAUCAUUCCAGACAAACAUCUCCACCACUGCCCUUUUGGUAUCCUCCAAGACUGGUAUUCAAGGAAUCUGUAUGACAGAUUUCGCAUUACCUACCUCCCAAGUCUACUUGCACUUGAGAAAGUUGUUAACAAUGAACUUAAUCACCUACGAGAGAAGGAUGAUUUGGAGUUUGAACGAACUCAGGCACGGAAGGGUGGGCUCAGUAAGGUGCUGUCACUUAUGAUGCCAUCUGCCAGUACAACACCAGGUGAAAACUCCAGUGUGUCCUCAUCAGAAGCCAUUUUUGAUCUUAAAAAAGUGGCCAACCCUCGACUCGUGACAUCUAGUAUGUCUAGAGUAAAGACUCCAAUGAAAGAAAAUACAAAACUGUCAGAUGAACUCAGCAAAAAUGCAACCCGACAGUCCACACAAAUCCUCCCUGGAAUUUCUGAGUUUUCUGGUACAGAGGCAGCAAGUCUCCAACAUUUACCUCUCGGGAAACUGAACCACCAGACACUGGUGACAUCACCACCAGUAGUAGGCUACCCAGUUCUCCCAGACAAAAUGUUAAACAUCCAUAACUACUCCACUCUGACCUCAAGGACCUCGACGGGUACAGAUAUAACAACCUCGUCUCAGUGUGUCACACAGUUUGAGCAGGUUUCCAGCAAAGACAGAUGUAUGGUGAUUGGUAACCCUUCACUCCCAGAAAAGCUAAUGCUGCAUGGACGUGAGUGGAGACCGUCCUUGUUGGACCUAGACUGGGCACGUCAGGAGUGUAAAACUGUUGCCUCAUAUGUAGAUGUAGAUGCUAUCACAGGUCACGAGGCGACUAAGGCACGCUUUCUACAGGAUGCACCCAAGGCCACUGUCCUACACAUAGCCUCCUACGGGUGCUACAAGGAAGGACUGCUUGUGUUCAGCCCGAGCCCUGUCCAGCUGGUGGAGGGACCCCCUAAGGAGUCCUCCUACCUGGUCACUGUAGAGGACAUUCUUGACCUGAAGCUGUCUGCCCAACUGGUCACACUAAAUGUGGGCUAUAGUCCUUACAGACUUAAAGAGACAAUCAACCCUGGCUAUGAGCUGGCAAGUGCAUUCCUGGCAGCUGGGGCAGAGUGUGUACUGGUGUAUGGCUGGCCCCUACCAAACGAGGCAGUCAACAAGUUCUACUUCCACUUCUAUGCCAAGCUCCAGACUGGAUGUUAUUUGACAACAGCUUUGACCAGUGCCCUUCAGGCUGUCAAAGAGGACAACAGGUUCAGCGAGGCAUACUUCUGGUGUCCGUUUAUACUGGUGGGUAAGGAUGUGAUGGUCAACUUGAAGGAGAUCCGACAUAACCAGCUUGACCAGACACUUGAUAGAACGGAGAAGGCUGUAGAGGAGGAGUUAGGAAAGGAAAUACUCAACCCCAAGUCUUCGCUUCCUAAAGUGCCUGUAAGAGAAGAGCACCUGCUAACACUUCAGUCCCUUCUGGGUACAGUGUUAUAUCAUCACUCCAAACAGCCAAAUGUUGUCCCAGAGCUCAUAGACUUGCUGGACAGCUCACUGAAGAGGCUUCACACAGAAGAGCUCAACCAACAGACGACAAACUUGUCGGGGCACCUGACUGGUAGUAUUGGUGGCCUUGACCUUCUCAAGUGUCUAGGCUUCCACUUUCAGGCCAAAGGCUCCACCCUGGCCAGCCCCUAUGUGGUGUAUCCUCACUGGAAUAAGGACGAGCUGCUGGUACCCACAUAUGAUGCCCUAAGGGCUGUCAGUGAAAUCACUAAGGAUACCACAUGUACAGAGAGGAUUCACAGCAUGCUUCCUCUGUCACAGGACAUGAUUUCUCUUAUCAUUGACCUGAUGAGUAUUACUAAGCAUGCUCCUGAGAUACAGCUCAAGGUCAACGACCUUUCAGUAAGGCCUCUAUGGCAAAAUCCAUCUGUGAAGAAAACUCUGAACGCCAUAGGUUUCCACCAGAUUGGUCUAUUGCUCAACUUCAACCGUACACCCCAGAACAAGACCCUGUUGACUGCCGCACUACAGUUGUUCCUGGCAUUGAGUGCCUAUAAGAGCCAGGUGUUGUUGUACAGACUGGACGUUAACCUCCUAGGGAAGCCAGGCACCACCAAGGUCAUUAAGCCAACCAUGCUGCAGGAGGUUGGUCGCCUACCUUCCUUAACCCCACUACUGCUGCCGAGGAAUCAGCUGAGAAUGAGUACACCCUGGUUGAGUCGAGCAGAGAAGGCUGAUGAAAUGGAUGAGAAAAUUAAGUUAGCUCGAGGGAAAUCUGAUCUGGAUGAGCGUUACACUGAGUACCAAGAAAGAGCACGGACCUGGCAUCAAAUAACUGUUGUAGCACAGUCGGAAUCUGUCAAGGCUAACGAAUCUCUUGAUAAAUUUGGCCGUCCGCGUACCACGCCGACCAAAGUGAAGGUCAUGCCCGGUGCCAGUGCAUCACGUGAAAGGAUACCCGUUGACCGUGAACCUCUGAUGGGUAUCCCCGAGGUGGAUCAGAGACGUGACUAUGCGCAGUACGUCCUUCAACAAAGGAUGAAUCACAUAGAUCUGAGACACCGUAACGAUGUGAUGAAAUUGUAUCUCCCGUAUAUACAGAGUACAUGAACAUGUUAUAACCAUACCCGACAGUUUUAUAAUAUACAUGCUUCUAUUGGGUUCAGAAUACUUCUGUUUGAAACCACACUUUAAUACCUUGAUAUAUUGUCGAAGAUAUAUCAAACGGAGGAACAAAACUAUAUGAACAAUUUUUGAGAAUGCACAAACGGAAGUCUUCAACUAUAUACACCUCUACCUGAGGUACUCAGACAUAGUUCAUGUAUAGACUAUACUACCACUGUAUGUUCAUCUCAUUUAGAAUGUGUGCAACACAAAUUGCUGUCUAGGGCCAUGGCAGUUCUCGAUAUAUAUGUUCAUACAUAGUACAUCAAUUAACACCGGGGUUAUAGAGGUACAGGUGAUAACCACUGGUAGAGACGCAAUAGGCAAGAGGGUUACGGGCCUUGGAGUGGUCCGAGGAUUGUACUGUUUACUUGUUAAGAAGAGUUAGUCCAGAGGUAAACAUUUGCGUUUAAACUGCGACAAUGAAAAGAACCUAUAUAUAUAUAACCAUGACGCUUGAAGGACGUUUUCUACAGAUGACCUUGUUUUUUUGUGAUAUUUAACGUUGCCAAAUUGAAAUGGAAAACAGAUCUGAUUAUGUUUUAUGUUAUAACUAUAAACUAUGAUUGUGUGUUGUAUUUGUGCCUUCGUAUCUUCACGUCAGAACCCUAUGUAAUGAUAGUGUGUUUUCCUUAGACGUGUUGAUGAUGAGAAUAAUUCUGUGUUAAUGUUUGUAGAUAUUUGUGUUUAUGUAUCAAAUUGUUAAGUUUUGUGACUGGUUUUAAGUCAAUGUUAGCUAAUCUCAACAGGAUGUGAAAGUAUCUUGAUACACCUUUUUGUGUUUUGUGAUAAUGUGCUUGCUACAAGGUUAUAAUGGAAUCAUAAAUCAGCCAAUAUUAAAUAUUGAUAUGAUGUAAACAUUACGUUUGUGUAUGAAAAUAUUAUGUCAGAUGUCAAAAUGUAUAACGUCAUAUCAAGUGUAAACUUAACUAUGUAUAUUAAUGUACAUUAUCAAUAGUCUGUGAUAUCAGUGUAUAUGCACCAAUGAAAGAUAAGAUGGAAAUUUGUAUAAAUAUACUAAUAUAAAGUCCUAUGUAAAAGAUUCAUACUAUAAUGUAAAGUAUACAACAUAAUGUAAAGUGUAUAACAUUAAAAAAUAAAGUGUAUAACAUAAUGUUAUGUGUAUAAAAUGUAAGAUGUCUAUUAAAUAUUUUGGCUGCCCAUGAUAUCGGUGUAUUACACACUAAUAGGGAAAUGGUCGAAGAAUGCCAGCCUUAUAUUCUCAGUACAAUUUACGUUAAUUUACCGAACAUGACAUUUUUUAGAGUGAUGGUUUUCAAUUUAUCUUAAUCUUAUAUAUACUAAUAUAUGUCUUUCAGUUUUUGUUGAUUUUGUAUCAAGUAUUCAAAAAACAUGUUUUUAAAAUAAAUAAUUUAACGUUAAAGAAAAGCAGAAAGUUUAUAAGAAAACAUGAGUAUUGAGGUAUAUAAUUGCUAAUCAUACUUUGUCUGUUUACAAUACCAAUAAUCGGAGUUGUAACAUGGUAAAUAUGGAUGCUAACAAUGCUUAAUAUAUCGCAUCCUCUUGAUUAUAUCUCAACUUAUCAUUUAUGCCAGUCGAGGUUUUGUCUGCUGGUUAAUGUUUGCUCAGUUAUACACUGUAUAGAAAAAACAAUAUCGCACGUAUUGGCUUCUCACCUCUUAAAUGAUCACACGUUGAAAAGCACAAAUCAAAUUCUAUUUAAUAGAGCUUUAUGUCUACACUAGAACUAUAGUUUAAUGUCAAACGGUAACAGAUACCGAGGAAAAGCAGGGAUGAUACAUUCUUGUCGACUUUGUACAGGGUGUCCACUGCUGCACCAUGGUCGUGGGAAUAAUUGUUUCUCGUGCUAAAUUGAAAUCUAAGAUAAUGAACAUGUUGACUCGUAAAAAGGUUUUGUUUCUUUUCUGUCAUCACAAUGUAAUUAAAAGUCUGUGCCCACGGUCACAAAUAAAGCAAUGGAAACGUGCAGCCAAUGGUACCAUCUUUAGUUGCCUUUAUGCGUGUGUUCAUUUUAACACAAUUUGUGUAACGGGUUUAUAGCUUUGAUAAUAGGUUAGCCAUGUGACACAGAUGUAUUGGACUAAACUAUAAGUGUUUGACUGUAAAUUGUCAGUAUGUGUGAGAUAAGCUUGGUGUAAUACUGUAAUCAGUUGUUAUGGUGAUAAACACCUUUUUUUUUAUCUUGGAAAUCUUUCGGUUUCGUAGUAUUUGAUUGGUGAACAUGAUAAAUGAGAUACAUGUACUUGUGACAGUAAACACUAAAUUAAUAUUGACCAUUUGGCAGAAGUGUCGCAUUUUGUGUGUUGCGUGAUAUGCGUGUUAUAUUGUUUCAACUUCGUAAAUUUUGAAAUGUGAUUUGUAAGGAUUAAUAUUUUGUCAGAGCCAAUAUUAUCUACUAAAUAAUAGAAAGUUCAAAACUAUGUAUGACUUCAUAAAUUAUGUAUUUAAGCGCAAAAACAUCAUCUCUUUUAGUUGAUAUCACUAAAUUACUUGCAAAGAAUAAUAGUUAGGAAGCUUUCUUUUACCUUGAAUAUUAAGAGAGAAAUGCGUCUUUGGUAUGUCGAAAUCCGUGGGUAAUUAAAACAAUCUUCAAUAUCUCCUUUUUUUACGAUAACACUUAAAACCGGACGUAUAUUUUUCACGUGAAUAUCGUAGAUCCUUAGCCUUUAAAGGAAAUAUUUAACUUAUUCAAGUAAAGGAGGUUAUAGCAUCAGCGGCAUUACUAACACCACUCUGAUGAAAUAUUAUCUGUCGUUUUUAUAACCAUUCAAUAUGAUCUUUGUUGUUUAUUGAUGAUUAUUUUAUAUAUUAAAUAUUUUUUAUUUUUUA